UUACCAUCCGCCAGAAGUUGCCAGUGACAUCCUCUUCCAGUCAAGUCAACGCCUGAGAGUCCCGGCUCACCGUAGCACUCGAACGUCUGGAGAGGCCGCUUACAUGUAUUCCGACUUCCUUCGGCGGAUGCUCUACUUCGGCUUUCAACGAAUGAGUGAUGUAUUCUAGCUGUUCCCAUCCAUUGCAAAGCUGAAGGGUCUUUUUCCCAGCACAGAGCAACUUAACGGUCCAACCUGCUGGAUCGCAGACUCUGGAUGCGACUAUCGCAUGGAUAAAUCGUCUCAUCCUUUGUGCGGGCUGGACGUGGACAGAUCUCUCUCAGUCCAGUAUGAUGCAAUUCAGACACAUCGGGACUUGAUGCAGCUUCUAUGAGAAGGCCUUGAUAUCCCGCCGGUACUCUCACGAGUUACCAAGAGUCUAUACUGUCUUCCGGUUCUGCUUUCUCACCCAGGAUGCGUUUCAGGUACGGCCACUUUCCUAAACCGCUUAACGAAUACUAUAGGCGCAACUCAAUAUUCUCCUUGGUAUUUUUGAGGCAUUUUUCUUGAGGCAUUUUCGCAUGCUCUAACGCUCGCUGGAGCGUAUAAAGACCUGGUUGAAACAUGACAGCUACUCAUCACAGGAUCCCAUCACAUCCUGUAGAACCUUCUGUCGUUCAUUCCUUCCAGUACCAUGGCUUUCCGCCCUUCCUUCUCUACCUUCGUUGCUCUCAGUCUCGCCCUAGGUGGUCUCGCAGCCAUUGGGCCUGUCGCCGACCUUCACAUUGUGAACGACAACAUCGCUCCCGAUGGUUUCUCUCGCGACGUGGUCCUUGCUGGAGGUACCUUCCCAGGUCCUCUGAUCACUGGACAUAAGGGUGAUAACUUCAAACUGAAUGUUAUCGACGACCUCACUGAGGCUUCUAUGCUGAAGUCCACCUCUAUCCACUGGCACGGAUUUUUCCAAAAGGGCACCAACUGGGCUGACGGCCCCGCCUUCGUGAAUCAAUGCCCGAUUACCACUCAAAACUCGUUCUUGUACAAUUUCGAUGUUCCGGAUCAAGCCGGUACAUACUGGUAUCACAGUCAUUUGUCGACGCAGUAUUGCGAUGGCCUGCGGGGAGCUUUCGUCGUCUACGAUAACAAUGAUCCUCAUGCUAGUCUCUAUGACGUUGAUGACGAUAGUACCGUUAUCACCCUUGCAGACUGGUAUCACACUCUGGCUCGCGAGAUCGUCGGUGUUGCUAUUUCCGACUCAACGUUGAUUAACGGUCUGGGACGCUAUCAAGGGGGACCUGCCGACGCCGAGCUUGCGGUGAUCACCGUCCAGGCUGGCAAACGCUACCGUUUCCGUUUGGUCUCCAUCUCUUGUGACCCCAAUUGGGUUUUCUCCAUCGAUAACCAUAACUUCACUGUCAUCGAAGUCGACGGUGUCAACAGUCAACCUCUCGGUGUUGACUCGAUCCAAAUCUUCGCUGCUCAACGAUACUCUUUCGUCCUGGCAGCAAACCAACCAGUCGGCAACUACUGGAUCCGUGCGAAUCCCAAUCUUGGGCCCGCCGGAUUCUCCGGAGGCAUUAAUUCUGCCAUUCUUCGAUAUCAGGGCGCACCUGUCCAGGAGCCUACUACUUCCCAGACCCCAAGUGCGAAUCCAUUGAGAGAAGCUGACCUUCAUCCUCUCGUGGCCACCCCUGUGCCCGGUCAAGCUACGCCAGGUGGUGCCGAUGUUGUCAAGAACCUUGUAUUCGGUUUCGCUAAUGGUCAAUUCACCAUCAAUGGAGUUUCCUUCGUGCCCCCCAAUGUCCCUGUGCUGCUUCAAAUUCUUAGCGGCACGACCGACCCUCAGGACCUUCUACCUGCUGGGAGCGUUAUCGAGCUCCCCGCUGGAAAAGUCAUCGAGCUCACCCUUGCAGCGGGUGUCUUGGCCGGUCCUCAUCCUUUCCAUUUACACGGCCAUAACUUCUUCGUCGUCCGCAGCGCCGGUGAAACCACGCCGAACUACGUCAACCCUAUCAUUCGUGACGUCGUCAGCACCGGUGCCGCUCCGGACAACGUUACCAUUCGUUUCGAAACCGACAAUCCCGGACCUUGGUUCCUCCAUUGCCACAUUGACUGGCAUUUGGAAGCCGGUUUCGCUGUUGUCUUCGCUGAGGGUAUUUCUGACACUUCUGCUGCGAACCCCACUCCUGGUAAUUCUCUUUCACCAGUUGAGCAUCAGAUUCAAAUGUUAACGUGUGAAUACAGCCGACUGGGAUCAGCUUUGCACCAAGUAUGACGCUCUCGACCCUGGCGAUCUUUAAGUUAUCAUUUAAUUCGGCGUUAUGUUUAUUCGGUUAUGUGAAUGGGUCAUAAGACCAAAGCAAAGCAAAGGGAAAUACGCAAAGUUUUAGCGUUCUUGUAUCAUUCUAUGUAGUUAUUUAUGAAUCGAAUGGGUAUCUGUGGUGUUUCUUUGAAACGUGGGAUUCACUCAGGCUCGCAUACCAUUAGUUUUGC